AUGACUGACCGCGACCAGCCUCCAGACACCAUGCCUCCGAGAGGCAGCCGCGGCGGUCGCGGCGCAAAGCGUGAAGUCGCCCAGGAGCCGCCCGACACGCCUGCUUCCAUCGAGACGCCUACUCGCAAGAAGAGAAGACUGAACAACCCCGACGCUGCUGAACCGCGAGUCCCGACCCGUCCGCCCUCCGCCCAGAGCGACCGAACAAUAGGAACCGACGACGAGGAUGACAACAAGGAGAAGCCCACCCCCGAGGAGCUCUUGACCCAGGUCGUCCCGCUGCUCCGUGUUGCCAACUACGUCACGAACGCCCAGGUCGAGCUCUCCAACGAACUGCAGAAGCGUGAUCCCGCCAUCGCCGAGAAGGGCAGCACACAGGCUUACGCCAAGAUUGAGGGCCACAAUUGGGUCUUCUUUGCAAAGUCGACCCACGUCGUCAUCGGCAGAGGCGAACACGGCUACUCCGCACGCCAGGCGAACGAAAACGGCGGCACGCCCACCCAGCAAACCGACCAGUCCAGCAGCUUCUAUGGCCAGCAAACACCCACUGCUUCCGAAAAGGUCCACAUCGACCUCGGCCCCGACAAGCAAGUGUCGCGCAUCCACGCCUGGAUCGACUAUGAGCCCGAUGCGAACUCGUGGUUCGUUCUUGUCAACGGCCGCAACGGCCUCAAGCUGGACGAUCGGACUCUUACGCGUGGCGAGAAGGUCAAGCUGCACUCCGGUUCCGUGAUUGGGGUUUGUGGCACUGAGAUGAUUUUCGUGUGCCCUGGCGAGUCGAUCGAUGUUCACCCGUCGAUUAUCGCACGCGCCAGGCAGGGUGAGUCUGGUGAGGGCGAGGAUGGUCAGGACGAGAGCUCGUUCCACCAGAUGAACAACGGUCAUGGAAAGACGGCUGGAUCUCAAGGAGGUCUGGCUCCAACUAGCGCUCCGUACAACGGCUCGAAUGCUCGCCAGCACGGCCAAUACAACCAGAGUCACUCUUACCAGGCCCAUCCGUCUUCAUCGGGCCCUUUGGCGCCCAACACUCCCAUUCCCUCGCGCACUAAGCAGUCUCCUAAAAUCAAGACAUCUCCCUCUGGAGCCUACUCCCGUGGGGUCAUGCUUGAGAGCACGGAGCACAUUGACUACAGCGCCGACAGUGCAAAGGACCUGAAGCCCCCGCACAGCUACGCCCAAUUGAUUGGACAAGCCAUCAUGUCGUCUCCCGAAGAGCAGCUGACUCUGGCCAAUAUUUAUGAGUACAUCAAGAAGCACUAUGCAUUCUACCGCUACAGCGGCGGCGGAUGGCAGAACUCGAUCCGUCACAACCUCUCGCUAAGCAAGCAUUUUGAAAAGGUCGCGCGCCGCACAGACGAGCCGGGUAAGGGUAUGAAGUGGCGGCUGGUUCCGGAGGAACGCGAGAACUUUCUGAAGAAGGGCAUCCACAGCCGCAAAACCCGCAUGGGAUCUUCCGGACCUAACUCUCCGGCGAUCGCCCAGGCCAGCGAACGUCUGCAUGGAGCCGUCACCGUCAUUCCCGAAGUCCAAACCCCGUCCCAACCGUCCAAGUUCCGUGUCAAGGAGUCCCCCCGCUCCGUUACCCCGCCGCUGGCCAGUUAUCCGACGGCAAAUGAAUCCUACACGCCCGAUCGUGGCCCACAACCACAGCGCAAACUCCAGCUCAACAGCGAUCAGAUCUUCACCCCCAUCAACGAUCGCAAGGCUAUUUUCACAUCCAUGCCAGCCACAACCUUUGGUCGCGCGUUGGAGCAAGAGAGCAAUGUGCGCAGUUCGGGGGCGGUCAUCGAUAGCAAGACAGAACCGGGUCCCACGCCGCGUCCCCGCUCUUCGCUGGACCUGUCCUACUCGCCGCCGCCCACAAACGGCUACAAGACGGUUGGCCUGGACCUUCCGGAGACGUUCAACGGUCUCGUCACGCCCCUUGUUGCCAAAAACAAGCCACAUCUCGCCCCUCCCAGCACAGCCAAGAUGCCUAGCCAGUACUGCUACCUAAGCUCGCCCGCGCCAUUCUGGAAAUUCGCCGAUCUGGGAUCCACGCCUGCCCGCCCGUACGUCGAUUUUAGCCCAAGCAAGGACUCAAGACCGUUUAGAUUCGGAAAUGAUGAGGAGAACGAGAAGGACGAGGGCGAUGAUGACGAGGAGGAAGAGGAAGAAGAGGAGGAGGAGGAGGAAGAGGUUGAAGCUGGGCCGGUGCAACCAAGCUCACCACCUGUCGUUAUGGGGGACACGGCAAGUCGAAGCCGGGAUGGGUCCAACUCGGGAGAGGGAGACUCGCAAGAGCUGUCUCCAGCAACACCCACUCGCCCGAGCAGUCGCCGAUUCAAUACAGCUGAGGAGGUGGCGGUGAAGAAGCAGCUGCCCACACAGCUGGAGGGCGAUGAUAAGGACGAAGACGGUAUCGAUCUCAUGAAGGGAUUCCAAGGAAUUGGGAGUUUCCACCGCGGACUCAAUCAAAGCACUGGCUUCAUCCGCCGUGGUUAA